CACCGCCCAAUGGUAGGUGUGGAUAGUGAGGGGUCCCGCACGCCUGGAGCAGAGAGGGUCUGUGUCAAGAGCGGCGGGGGCUGCAGGAGGCGAGAGAGACGGGCACUACUCUCCCUCCCCACCAUGGCAGAGGUGGCGGCUGAGGUGGCUGAGGCGGCCGAGAUGCCAACACAGAUGUCACCAGGGGCGAUGGAGACGUCAACACCGAUGUUAGGAGAGGUGACGGAGAUGUCAGCAGAGGUGACCGAGAUGACACCUGGGGAGGCCCUCGCCUCCUCCCUUUUCUUCCAGCACCACCAGUUCAUGUGCUCUGAGUGCGGCAGCCUCUACAACACGCUGGAGGAAGUUCUCUCUCACCAGGAGCGGCAUGUGCCUGCUGUCACAGAGGAGGAGGCGCUGGUCACCCAGGAUGCUGGCCUGGAGCCAGAGCUCAUGGCGGGCACCGAGGAUGGGCCUUUCCAGUGUGGGGAGUGCAGCCAGCUCAUCCUGUCCCCUGGUGAGCUCCUGGCCCACCAGGACGCCCACCUCCGGGAGUCUGCGAGCCAGAUCCAGUACCAGUGUGGGGACUGCCAGGAGCUCUUCCCCUCUCCUGAGCUGUGGGUGGCUCAUCGCAAGGCCAGGCACCUUUCUGCUACAGCGGCCGAACCACCGGUGCUGCCCCCUCUGCCUCCCCCGGCACCGGCACCUCCCCUCCCUGCUCCACCCGAAGUGAAGAUGGAGCCCUACGAGUGUCCCGAGUGUUCCACUCUCUGUGCCACUCCCGAGGAGUUCUUGGAGCAUCAGGGCACCCACUUUGACUCCCUCGAGAAAGAAGAGCGCAAUGGGCUCGAGGAGGAGGAAGAAGAGGAGGAGGAGGAAGACGAUGAAGAGACGGAGGAGGAGGAGGAGGUGGUGGCAGAGGUUGGUGAUGACGCCAUGGGAGGCGACAGGGCCACAGCCGGCCGGGCCCGGGGCUGUGGGGACUGUCCCCCCCGCUGGACGUCAGCCGAGGCACGCCGGCGACACCGGCGGGCAUCCCGCGGCCCGGCAUCGACAGCCCACCCCUUCCACUGCGACCAGUGCCAGCGCAGCUUUAGCUCGGCGAACCGGCUGCUGGCUCAUGGGCGGGCGCACAUCGGCGGCACGCACGAGUGUACGACCUGCUCCAAGGUCUUCAAGAAAGCGGCGUCGCUCGAGCAGCACCUGCGGCUGCACCGUGGCGAAGCCCGCUACCUCUGUGUGGACUGCGGCCGCGGCUUUGGCACGGAGCUCACGUUGGUGGCUCACCGGCGGGCACACACCGCCAACCCCUUACAUCGCUGCCGCUGCGGCAAGACGUUCAGCAACAUGACCAAGUUUCUCUACCACCGGCGCACCCACGCGGGCAAGAGCGGGGCGCCCCCCGCCCUGGCAGCCGCCUCCCCGGCUCCGGCCGAGCCCUCACCGCCGCCGCCACCACCGCCGCCCCCCGCCCCGCCCGCCCAGCUGCCCUGCCCACAGUGCUCCAAGUCCUUCGCCUCGGCUUCCCGGCUCUCCCGGCACCGGCGCGCCGUCCACGGGCCCCCCGAGCGGCGUCACCGCUGCGGAGUAUGCGGCAAGGGCUUCAAGAAGCUGGUUCACGUGCGCAACCACCUGCGGACACACACGGGCGAGCGGCCCUUCCAGUGCCACUCGUGUGGCAAGACCUUUGCUUCUCUGGCCAACCUCAGCCGCCACCAGCUGACCCACACAGGUGCGCGUCCCUACCAGUGCCUGGACUGUGGCAAGCGCUUCACGCAGAGCUCCAACCUGCAGCAGCACCGGAGGCUGCACCUGCGGCCCGUGGCCUUCGCCCGUGCACCCCGCCUCCCUAUCACCGGUCUGUACAACAAGAGCCCCUACUACUGCGGGACCUGCGGCCGCUGGUUCCACGCCCUGGCAGGCCUGCGACUCCACCAGCGUGUCCACGCCCGAGCCCGGACCCUGACCCUGCAGCCGCCCCGAUCGCCACCUCCUGCCCCGCCCCCGCCCCCUGAGCCUCAGCAGACUAUCAUGUGUACGGAGCUGGGGGAGACCAUUGCCAUCAUCGAGACGUCCCAGCCUCUGGCACUUGAGGACACGCUGCAGCUGUGCCAGGCCGCCCUGGGGGCCGGGGAGGCGAGCGGGCUGCUGCAGUUGGACGCGGCCUUCGUGUGACGCAGCCGAAGAGCAGCAAUAAAAGAGUUUGGUUGCAACAACAAUCGUGGGCACCUCCGGGAGAGAGGGGACCACCCCCUGGCAAGCCACUCUGGCACCUGAUUGGGUGCCAGGAUCCAUCCUGGCCUCUUACCCACUGACUCCUCACAACGGCCCUGCCGGGUGUGUCUUGUCACUUUUCUCCGCCUCAGGGUAAACUGAAGCCCUGAGAUGGGACGUGAUCUGUCCCGGGUCCCCCCGGUGCGUUGCAGAGUAGCGUUUGCCGGGGCUCUUUGCUCCGCACCUGUCACCCUGGUGCCCAGCAACGUCAGGUAACCUUUCCUGAGCCCCGACCACGUGCCAGACCUGUGCUGGGCACUGUUGCAUACCUCUGCGGGUUCUCGCUUGUCCCCAAGACUGUCACCUUCCCUGGACCCUGGGCAUACAGGACUUGGCUCUGCCUGGUGGAGAGAGAGGUACUUGACUUCUCUGGGCUUCCUUAAGCUCACUUUUGACAAUAUGGAAGGAAAUCUCUAGGUACCCACAUACUCAGCUGCAGGCUGGGUGAUGCUGGAACCCCGGGAAUGACUCAGACCCAGACCCAGGCUGUACCCCAGGAGACGCUCAGUGGCAGUGGAGUUCACACAAGUACAGAUGGCCUUGCUCUCUGA